AACGCCGCGCACCCGGGCGCCGGCCCGGCGGCUGCUCGGGCUGAGGCGCGCGCUGCGGUCGCCUCAGCUGGUGGCGGCGGCUGUGCCCGGGCCGGGCUCCGUGCGAUGGAGGCGUAGGGAGGAAGGCCGAGAGGCGCCCGAGACUUCUCCCGGGACGGACGGCCGAGCGGCCCGGGCCCAGGCCGACUCCGAGGACCAGUUGACAAAGUACCAUUCGUGGUGUUUCUCUGCCCCGUCCCCGUCUGCGACUUAACCACCUUCCAAGCUCCGCUGUGGAUGAACAUCCUAAUACUUCGAGACUCUUCUGGCAACAAGUAAUCCUUUAGAAAGAGGUUUCCCACAUAACAGCCAAGGGAAUUUGGUUGGCUGGUGCGCGGCAAAGCAGUAAGCUGGUUUGGAAAUAUUUGAAUCACAUUAUGGGAUUGCUAGACAGACUUUCAGGCUUGCUUGGCCUGAAGAAGAAGGAGGUUCAUGUUUUGUGCCUUGGGCUGGAUAAUAGCGGGAAAACGACAAUCAUUAACAAACUUAAACCUUCAAAUGCUCAAUCACAAGAUAUAGUUCCAACCAUAGGAUUCAGCAUUGAGAAAUUCAAAUCCUCCAGUUUGUCUUUUACAGUGUUUGACAUGUCAGGUCAAGGAAGAUACAGAAAUCUCUGGGAACACUAUUAUAAAGAAGGACAAGCCAUUAUUUUUGUCAUUGAUAGUAGUGAUAGAUUAAGAAUGGUUGUGGCCAAAGAAGAACUUGAUACUCUGCUGAAUCAUCCAGAUAUUAAGCACCGCCGAAUACCAAUCUUAUUCUUUGCAAACAAAAUGGAUCUUAGAGAUGCAGUGACAUCUGUAAAAGUGUCUCAGCUGCUGUGUUUAGAGAACAUCAAAGAUAAACCAUGGCAUAUUUGUGCUAGUGAUGCCAUAAAAGGAGAAGGAUUGCAAGAAGGUGUAGACUGGCUUCAAGAUCAGAUCCAGGCUGUGAAGACAUGAAAAGAUAGUAUUUGGAAACUUCAACAAUUUUCAAUUCAAGGAAUGUAUCUUAAGGCAACUGAAUACUUCAAAUUUUUUAAAAGAUGUUUGUGCAUCUAAGAAUACUUAAUAAUCUUCUGCUUGCAUUUAUGGACUCUGAAUGAGCUUUUUAAGAACAUAGGACUUCAGUGAAUCUUUCUCAUUAAGGAUGCUCCUGCUGGGAUUUACAAGGGACUGCCUCAGAACCGUUACUGAUUCUUCCUUCUGAUCACUCGAUUUUAAUGCCACACAUGGAGUUUCAUCAACAUAUAGUGCUAAACCUUUUCUGGUGAUUUAGAAUAAACCAAGAGGGACAAAUUAAAUCCUUUUCGAAAUUUGAAGUCACCAAGUAAUGCUACUGGUCAUAGAGAAAUACCCUACUUCAAAUUGUUUUUCAAGAGACCUGAAUAUCAGUAUACAUGCAUUUACUGAGAUAAUCCUCUAAUCAACUCCAAGCAGAAAAAAUGUGUGUCCCCACUACCUGGGCUUAAAGCUGCUUAAAACCCAGAAUUGAGCAUCUGUUCAGACAGAGCUCCAGGAGAAGUUCCAGCUCAAAGAGUGGGAAGGAGUUUGCUAAUGAUCAGCAAAACACAAGGAAAUACUGCAUUCUUUUCUAUACUUUGUUGUGCAUGAACCCUUAACCAAUCUCAAGUAUUCAACAGCAACAACAAUAGCAACAGUGGCAGUGGGGAACUCACAGCUAAAAUUCUGAAGAAGGGGACCCGCCUUCUACAGAAUCCUCAUGGUCCCAAAAAGUUGUGGUAAAUGCUCAUUCCUUUUGUUCUAUUUUCCCACCCCUUGGCCCCAGGCAAGGGCACACUCGAAGAGUAUGACAGAGUAGAGUACAUAAAGCAUCAGCUUUCUAGCUGGCAGAUCAAAAAAGGGAGCUGCAGAGAACUGGAAAGUACAAGGGAGAUUGGGAGAGGUAGGAGAUGGGCAACACGACUCCAUAAAGUUGUUUGUGGACUCUCAGCCUUAACCUCAGUGUGGAUGGUGGGUCUGAGUGUGGGUCUGAGGAUAAAUAAUGCGUAGACUUUGAGAACCAAACUAUAGGAUAGACUAUGACCCAAAUUCUAGAUUGGCCACUGGGUAGCAUAUACUUGGACUACACCUGAAUAAAAACCACAAAAGUUUUUGAAAACAGAAAUAACUAAUUGAUUGCUAUGAGGCUGGUUAAAACUAUUGGCCUGAAUGCAACCAGGUUGAAUGUUUAAAACAAAAUGAUUAACAGUCUCCAUGGAAUUUAAGUAAUGCUCAGACUCUCAUAAUAUAUGAAAUGUCCAGGAUACAAUGCAAAAUUACUAAGUAUACAAAAGCCAGGAAAACAUUCACCUGGAAAGAGAUAAAGCAGCUGAUGCCAAUGCCGAAGUAACACAGUCAUUGAAGUUAUCCAACAUAUUUACCUAACUUCAAAACAGCUAUUAUAAAAAUGCCCAAAGUUGAGAUGAACAUUCUUGAAACAAAUGGGGAAAUAAAAAGUCUCAGUAUAGAACCAGAGGAUAUAACAACAAAGAUGAGUGAACAUUUUAAAAUUGAGACAUAACAAUAACUGAAAUAAAAACUCACUGGACAGAUUCAAUUAAAGAAUAAAAAUUAUAUUGAUUUCUUUUUGUUGUCUGGUUGCCGUGGCCUAGACUUCCAAUACUCUGUUAAAUUGAAAUGGUGCAAGUGCACAUCCUUGCCUUGUUCCUGACCUUCGGGGAAAAGCUCUCAGUUUUUCUCCAUUGAAGAUGAUAUCAGCUGUGGGUUUUCCACAUCAAUAAAGGCCAUACCUUUAUUAUUUUAUGUUGAGGUAUAUUUCCUCUAAACCCACUUUGUUGAGGGUUUUUCAUGAAUGGAUGUUGUACUUUGUCAAAUGAUUUUUCUGAUUUUAUUGAAAUGAUCAUGUUUAUUAUUAUCUUACUGAUGUGAUGUGUGCAUUUGAUUUGCAAAUACUGAGGAUCCUUGCAACCCAGGAAUAAAUCCCACUUGAUCAUGGUGAA